CAGCUUCAGCGCAGACUUCUUCCAGACGAGUUACAGCAUCGACGACCAGGCGCAGCCCUAUGACUACAGCGGCAGCGGGGGGCCCUACAGCAAGUAACUCGUGCACGCUCCCCGAGCUCCCCUCGCCCCUGUCCGCCGGCAGCCCCGCUCGCGCCUCCUGGGGACGAAGCCUCACCCGAGAUCCGCUUGAGAAAGCCUAAAUAUGUUCAGAAAGGGCCUGGCGCUGCAGCCGGUUGCUGCUGCCCGCAAGCAAAUGCCCCUUGCAGUGUUCUAUGAGCAGCACCAUUUAUAUCCCUGUAUUCCACAGUAUAAAGCGUUUUCCUAUAUUUUACAAUACAGAACGGUUAUAUGUUGAAUACCCAUUUUUCUGCAUUUUUAAACAAAAUUUAGAAGCUUGAAAGAGAGAUUCUAUAAUAGUAAUUAUAGCUUAGGCAUGCUUAUUUUUAAGGCUAUUGUUUCCUUCUGUCUAAGUCUUUAGGAGAGGAAACAUUGUUGUUCCAUAAGUCCUUCCCCAGUCACCCAGGGAGUAGAAAUCAGUCCAGGUGCCAAAUUUGUAGGAAAUCAUGGCAGACUUUUCAACGUCGUGGGAGCUUUUAGGACUACUUUGUGAACGUCUAGAUUCAGGCUGAGAUUUUUUUUUUUUUUUUUUUAAUUAUGACUUAUGCAUGAUCAUGGUGCUGUAUUAAAAAGGUAGAUAUGUGUAAGAAUUGUAGUGCUGCAAUAUGGUUGAGCUCCACUUACACGUGAAGAGAGAACUGAACUUGGGGUUUUCCUUUUUUCUUAAUUUUAGAAGCAAUAUGGAGGCUAUGAGUAUUCUCAGCAAAGUGGAUUUAUCCCUCCAGAAAUGAUGCAACAGCAGCAACCUUACACAGGGCAGAUUUAUCAGCCAACGCAGACGUAUACUCCAACUUCAGCACAGUCUUUUUAUGGAAGUAGUUUUGAGGAUGAACCUCCUCUAUUAGAAGAAUUAGGGAUCAAUUUCGACCACAUCUGGCAGAAGACACUAACAGUGCUGCAUCCGUUAAAAGUAGCAGAUGGCAGCAUCAUGAAUGAGACUGAUUUGGCUGGACCAAUGGUCUUUUGUCUAGCUUUUGGAGCCACAUUAUUACUGGCUGGUAAAAUUCAGUUUGGUUACGUGUAUGGAAUAAGUGCAAUCGGAUGUUUAGGGAUGUUUUGUCUCCUGAACCUAAUGAGCAUGACGGGUGUCUCAUUUGGCUGUGUUGCCAGUGUCCUUGGAUACUGUCUUCUUCCUAUGAUCUUACUUUCCGCUUUUGCAGUUGUAUUUUCGUUGCAGGGAAUGAUGGGAAUUAUUCUCACUGCUGGAAUCAUUGGCUGGUGCAGCUUUUCUGCUUCCAAAAUCUUUAUUUCUGCCUUAGCAAUGGAAGGGCAACAACUCCUAGUAGCAUACCCCUGUGCUUUAUUGUAUGGAGUCUUUGCUCUCAUUUCUGUGUUUUGAAUAGACUGUACGAAUUAUCGGACUCCAGUGGGCCAAAAUGAAAACAUCAACUUGGAAUAUUUAGUUGGACCAGAAGCAGCUGCAAACAGCUAUAUAAUAUUGCUGUCAUGAAAUUUAGACCUGUUUUGAAUUAUCUGGAACAAUGGAAACAAAUGUCUUGUGUUCACUUUUUUAGGACUUUGAAUACUGUUUUCAAUUGACCGAAGGUGUCUAUAGCUUUAAUAAGUAUUCAUGCUUAUAAAGUUAAUGCAAUUUCUUUCCCAUUCCUAAAUCUUUGGAAAAGUAACUUUUGUUUAUUUGAGGG